AGGCGCAGUAUUGACUCCUUGGGCUUUUAUAUUCAUAUAAUAUCCUCUUCGCACUUUUUGGCCUUUUCUUUCUCCUCAAAAAUAAAAAGUGAGAGAGAGCCUCCCAUUUUCACUUCACCGCUCAACUUCUUUGCUGCCAUCUCGUCACUUUAGUCUAAGAUUGUUUUGUGCACAACUUUUAUGGAUCCUCGGUUCAAUCCGUUGCCUCAUCCUGUAAACACUUUCGAGUUCGAAGAUCAGAUCAAUUUGUCUAGCUUUGAGGAAUCACUGAAUCAUCCUCUCAGUUAUACGGAUAACUAUGUAGCUUUUGGUGCCCCAUACAAUACAUCAAGUCCAGACGUUGGUAACUUUGCUCCAUCCUCAAAUGUGAGCUCGGAAGUGGACUCUCCAGAUGAUCACGACUCUGAUUCGCUGUUCAAGUACCUUAACCAGAUACUAAUGGAGGAGAAUAUUGAAGAUAAGCCCAGCAUGUUCCAUGAUCCGCUUGCUCUAAAAGCUGCUGAGAAGUCCUUCUAUGAAGCCCUUGGCAAGUCGUACCCUCCUUCACCCUAUCGUACCUCUGAUUAUGUUUACCAUCAGUUAAAAAGCCCAGACAGCAUUUUCUGGAAUUCCAGCGAGCAUAGUACAAGUAGUAGCAAUACUGGUACUAAUUCCACCGAUCCUCAAUGGGUUGUUGAUCCUGGAGAAUUUAGGUUGCCCGUAGAGGGUCAUCCAUCGGAAUACAACGUCCAACCUUUGGUGCAGAGUAACUCAGAGAGGUCCCGUGGUUCUUUAAACAACUUCAAUAAUUCAAAUGCCCAUGUGGACACUUUAGUAAAUCCUAAUGUAUUUACUGAUAGUGAGUCCAUCUUACAGUUCAGGAGAGGGAUGGAGGAAGCUAGUAAAUUCCUUCCAAACCUUAGUCAAUUUGUCAUCGAUUUGGAUAAAUAUACAUUGCCUCCAAAGAUGGAGGAAGUAUCCAAAGAGGCUGUCGUCAAGGUAGAGAAGGAUGAGAAGAAUCACUCACCUAAUGGCACGAAAGGAAGAAAGCAUCAGUAUCCCGAGGACAGUGAUCACGAGGACGAAAGGAGCAACAAACAAUCAGCAAUAUAUGUGGAGGAGGAGGUUGAGUUAUCAGAGAUGUUUGAUAGGGUUCUGCUUUGUACAGAUAAGGGGACAGGAUGUGGUGAUGUCAAGCGUGAGAUGCCAUCUGAAGUAAACAUGAGUUCAGAUCAGAAUGGACAAGCACAUGGAUCAAAUGGUGGAAAAACUCGUGCUAAAAAACAAGCGACUAAAAAUGAAGCUGUGGAUAUAAGGACUCUCUUAAUUAGCUGUGCACAAUCUGUUGCUGCUGACGAUCGCAGGACGGCAAAUGAACAGCUAAAGCAUAUCAGGCAGCAUUCUUCACCCACAGGUGAUGCAUACCAGAGGCUGGCCAGUGUAUUUGCAGAUGGCCUUGAAGCUCGGCUGGCUGGCACUGGCACUCAACAAUAUGCUGCCCUUGCCCCGAAAAGGAUCACAGCUGCUGAGAAAUUGAAAGCAUACCAGAUACCUGGUGGGCCUCCAAAGCUUCGCAUUACUGGAAUAGACCUUCCCCAACCUGGCUUCAGGCCAGCAGAAAGCUUAGAACAGACGGGGAGCCGCUUGGCAAAAUAUUGUGAGCGCUUUCAUGUUCCAUUUGAGUAUAAUGCGAUAGCAACACAGAAUUGGGAGAAUAUUAAAAUUGAAGACUUGAAACUUGCAAGUGGCGAGACU